AUGCGUUCAGCUUCAAAGCCCGCAGAAGGAUACGAGCUCUGAAAUUCAGAGACACAGCGAAAGAGGCGUUUUUUGUCGAAUUUAUACCCGAUAAUCUCUAAUUAGAAGGCCGGAUUUUCGAAAUCGGAAGCGUUUUUUGAUUGAAAAUCAGUUUCCAAGAUCCUUCUCUUCAAAUUUGCAGUCAAUUUUGUAUUUUGUUUAUUGUUGGUCGAGCCUUUUCCUCCUUUCAAAUUUCUUCACCAAAUUGCGAAUCAAAAGGAAUUUCUGCAGAGAACAGCUCGGAAUCAGGUCUUAUGGACCCUAACAUCAUGAAAUUCCUCGAAGAAGACGAGGAUGAAACUAUGCAUUCGGGCGCAGACGUGGAGGCUUUCACAGCGGAAUUGAACAGAGACAUUGAAGGGAAUACUUCGAUGCAGGAGGAUCCCUCUGAUUCCAGUGCCGCAGCCUUGUCUCAAGGAAGCAGUCACAUGACAAGUCAGUUUAAUCCUCAGUGGCACACAUCCAGUCAUGACGGGACUGCUAAAUUCCAGAGUGGGCAGGAUAUUGCAAACGUGGGAGAAAAGGACCAGCAUUCUUCUGAAGUGGAGCUGCAAAGACAGGACUCCGGCUCUCAGAACAGAAAAGAGGACGAUAACACCUCCCAUGAGCCUAAUCCCAACCAGCAGGACGAACGGAACACCUUCCCUUUACCCCAACCAGUGGGCGGGCAAUCAUCCGGAGAACAACCCGUCGAUGCACAAGUUCUGGGUCAUGAAACAAAGCCAGACAAAGAAUUGCAGAUGAACAAAUUACAAAUUGUUACCCAUCAACCAUCAAUGACAGUGGGAUCAAAUGAGCAACAGACAAGUAUGGGAAUCAAUAAUGACCAAGUCUUGCCUUCAUUGAGUCAGCAAACUACAGGAAUGUCAACUACUAGUCAACAGGCAAUAUCCCCAGGGAUGAGUAAUCCACAGACCAUGACGAGCAGUAGUCAACAGUCUGUUAGUGCAUUAAAAUUGAACAAACAAGUUCCUUUUGGCAUGUUGCUUCCUAUCAUACAACCCCAACUUGACAAGGACAGAGCUAUGCAACUUCACACUCUUUACUUUAAAUUGAAGAAAAAUGAAAUCUCUAAAGAUGGAUUUGUCCGGCAUAUGAGAAGUAUUGUUGGAGACCAGAUGUUAAAAAUGGCUGUGUACAAACUGCAGACUCAGGCUGCUAGGAACACACAAGCUGCUCCUAAUCAAUUUCAACCACAGCCUCAGGCCGGACGACAAAUGCCUUCAGAUUUGAGCAAUUCAAUAAGUGACAGUAAUGCAACUAAAUCACGUGAGAUGGAGAGGCAAGCAGAUUCACAUGGAGCACAAGUAGGCCAGUUGUCAACUUCCACUUCAGGUUUAGGUCAUGAGAUGAAGCAUCCUGCAUUUCCAGCACAGGGGAUUAAUAAACAGCAGCAUAUGCAAUUCUCACAGACAUCUUUUCCAACAUAUGGAAGUGCUGGGAGUGGUUACCCGCCUUUCCAGACAACUAGUGCUGCAUCUUCUGCACCUAUCCGGCCACAACCUCAUGAUUCUCAGAUGAGGCAGGCUCCAUCUCAUCCUAAUAUGGCUGUUAAUCACUUGGGGCCAGCAUCCCGGCCCAUGAAUGUGACAAACAUGUCUACAUUUGAUAGGUCUCAUUCUCUUACUGAUCCAAAGAAAAUUCCAGCUGGAAGUUUGUCUCACAUGAAUAGCAAACCAGCGCUGCAACAAAAUCAAGUCCAGUGGCCACCAUCCACCAGCAAAGAACAGAAAAAUUCUAUUACGUCAUCCAUGACUCAUGUAAAGCAGGAACCAUCGGAUCAGUUAAAUGAACACCAAAGAUUGGGCAGUGCUGCUUCUGGGAAUCUGAAUUUGAAGGAUGAAUCUUUUGAUAUACAAUCAUCAAGAACGGGUCUCACAGCGCCCGCCACUCUGAUGCCAUCAAGCUCAGUUUCCUCUCCAAGUCCCAGCCUGAUGGAGACCAACAUUAUGUCAAGCUCUCGGAUUCCUUCUCUAACAACUCCUGUUGGUCUUGGAAGUAAUUCCAAGGCUCCCCUCAAAAAGCCUAUGGCUGGCCAGAAGAAGCCAAUGGAAGCCCCUGGCUCUUCACCUCCAUCAAGUAAGAAGCAAAAAGUGUCGGGAUCCUUUGUUGAUCAAAGCAUUGAGCAUCUCAAUGAUGUGACUGCAGUGAGCGGAGUCAACCUCAGGGAGGAGGAGGAACAACUCUUUUCUGGAUCCAAGGAAGACAGCCGGGUUUCAGAGGCAUCUCGACGGGUUGUUCAAGAAGAAGAAGAGAAGUUGAUAUUGCAGAAGAUACCACUUCAGAAAAUGAUGGUGGAGAUAAUGGCAAAAUGUGGUUUAAAGAAUAUGAGUAGUGAUGUGGAGCGAUGCUUGUCCUUGUGCACAGAAGAGAGAAUGCGUGGAAUCCUAUCUAACGUGAUCAGACUUUCAAAACAGCGAGUUGAUGUGGAGAAGUCAAGGCACAAGACUGUUAUCACCUCUGAUGUUCGACAACAGAUUAUGGCCAUAAAUUCCAAAGCUCGUGAAGAUUGGGAGAAAAAGCAGGCUGAAACUGAAAAGUCGCAGAAACUCAGUGAAUCGGAAAGUAGUACAGGAGCUGAUGGUGAUAAGGAUAAGGAUGACAGUCGUGGAAAGUCGGUGAAGGUUAAUAAAGAGGAAGAUGAUAAAAUGCGCGCAACAGCUGCAAACGUUGCUGUUCGAGCUGCUACUGGAGUGGGUGAUAUCACAUCAAGAUGGCAAUUAAUGAUUGAGGCCAAGCAGAAACAGGGAGGGUCUGAUACGUCAUCUACUCCCCAGACUAACAAAGACGUGGGACGAAAGCCUUUAGCAACCUCUACAAGAAACACAAGGGAAAAUCAAGAAUCCGAAAAGCGGGAUCCUUCUGCUGCUCUCACAACUCCUGCGUCAAUCAGAAAAGUGGCACGAAAUCAAGUUGUUGUACCACGGGUGGCUAGGAGCGUUUCAGUGAAGGACGUGAUUGCUGUAUUAGAAAGAGAGCCUCAAAUGGCAAAAUCCACAUUGCUCUACCGCCUAUAUAACAGGGUUAGUGCCGAUGCUCCCAGCGAAUAACUCAAAGGGCCCGUUUGGUUGUCAAGAUAAAGACAUAAUCAAUCUGAGAGUGUCAUUUGCGUUAGAGUUGGCGAUGAUGCUCCUUACUCCAUAGAUUAGCAGUUGUUGUUUCCGAUCAAUUUAUCUGGAUCCUUAAUUAUAUAAAUUAGAAAGAAUAAAUUAGUUUUAGAGACUUGUUUUUGGGUCUUUUAACCAUAUACUAGUAUGUUCAGCUAUAGUUAUAUAAUAGGAGUAAUUGUUUAAGCCAGUGUUUGUUAAAAUGCAAAUAUUACUCAAUUCUUCUUAAAAAAUUGUCUCCUUUAGUUAUUUUA